CUGCGUCACGGGCGUGCGUGCCGGGCGUCGCGGCGCAUGCGCAGGAGGGGGCUUUGGGGAGCGGCCGAGCCGGCUCGAGGAGAAGGGGGCCCGACGGCGGCGGAGCGCGGCGGCGGCGCCAUGAGGGCCGGACGCGCGCAGAGGAAGGCGGCCCCCAGCUGCUAGCGGCCUCCUGCCAUGCUGGCCUGCCUCCCGGGACCCAGCGACCUCUCCUCCCCGCUGCUUUCUUACCCGCAGAUGAACACUGGACUUCGGAAAUGGGACACUACACAGAAAAUGAGAGCUGCACAGCACCCUACUCCAGCCGAGUUGGACGCGUAUGCUAAGAAGGUGGCCAACCACCCUCUGACUAUCAAAAUUUUCCCCAACAGCGUCAAAGUCCCGCAGCGGAAACACGUCCGCCGCACCGUCAACGGGCUGGACACCUCGGGGCAGCGCUACAGCCCCUACCCACCCUCCUCCUCCUCGUCUUCGUCCUCCUCCUCCUCCUCCUUGCCGCAGGCCGCCACCAAAACGGGACUCCUGGCCAUCGUCCGGCCCGCGGCCAAAGGCAUCGUCAAGGACUUUGACGGGACCCGGAGCUCCUCCCGCCUCUUGGCCCCGUCGGAAGCCAUGAUGAACCCGCCCCCCUACGCGGCACCCAGCACUUUAAGCCACCACCCGCAACAGGCGGCGGCCGUGGCGGCUUUGGCCCGGCAUCAGCAGCAGCAACAACAGCAGCAGCAGCAACAUCUCCACGCCCAGAGCAUGGCGCACGCGGUUUUGCAGCCGCAGCUCCCGCCGCCGCAACACCCGGGAAACCACUUGCUCCCGCAGCAGCAACCUCCGCCGCCACCACCUUCCUUGCACGGCGGGGGCCGCAAGAUGUCGGACGCGGACGCCCCGCCGAACGUCACCGUCUCUACCUCGACUAUCCCCCUCUCGAUGGCCGCCACGCUGCAACAGAGCCAGCCGCCGGACCUGAGCAGCAUCGUCCACCAGAUCAACCAGUUCUGCCAGGCCCGGGCAGGCUCCAGCGCUACCUCAGUCUGCGAGGGGCAGAUCGCCAACCCCAGCCCCAUCAGCCGCAACCUCCUGAUCAGCGCCAGCACCCGGGUCUCGGCGCACAUGCCUUCCUGCGGGGUCAACGACCACAGGGCCGGCCCUCCGUCCGCGUACCAAAGCGACAUGAAGCAGGCGGUGGCCGCAGCUUGGAACCACCACCAACUCUCACACUUGCAGCAAAUGUGCGGCGGAGGCGGCGGGGGUGGUGAAACCAUGGGGUUGAUGGGGAAGCCCCCCGGACCCCGGGAGCAGCAGGGUUUCGGCGGCAAGGUCCCCGGCGGAUACCCCGUGGAACUGUGCAUGGGCCAGCCGUUCAACGUGAAGCCGCCGCUGGAGAAGCCCACCCCGUCGCCGCCGGUCAACGGCCUCCCGUACGCCAACGGGCAUUACUUCCCACCCCUGUGGAAUAACAUUCUGCCCACCCCGAACAGCGACAGCUCGGGCUCCCAGGACCUGGCCAUGCCUUUCCACGGAGCCAUAGACUGCCCGGCCGGACAGCACUACCGAGCGGCCCCCAACGGCGGGAACAACAACGGCGGGAUGCCGGCCAUGGAGUACCUGAGCGGCGGGGACUUCCAGCAUCAUCCCUGCCUCCGGGAGCCUGCUCCACCACCGCCGGGAGGGAUGGCGCUGGGCAAAGCGGGGCGCCCCGCCAUGAACCGGGCGCCCGCCGAACCCGCCGACAGCCGAAGCCUUCAUAUUCAGCACCCAGGGUAUAGAUAAAGGCCGCCCAAGCCGGUUGGUUCUUACUGACACAUGUCAAGGCAGACAUAGGCAAACUUGGGUCCUCCCUCUGGAUGUUUUGGACUGCGGCUCCCAUCAUUCCUAACAGCCUCAGGCCCUUUCCUUUUCCCCCUCCGCCGCGUAAGCGGCGGAGGGGGAAAAGGAAGGGGCCUGAGGCUGUUAGGAAUGAUGGGAGUCGCAGUCCAAAACAUCCAGCAGGCCCACAUUUGCCCAUGCCUGUGUUAAGGAAUUUUAAAAAGUGAUAUAGGGGGUUAGUUAGACUUCAUUUGAAUUAAUAAGCAAAGCACGUGGCCGUGUGAAUCCUUUUGAGAUUUAUCGCCUUGUUUUUUAAGAUGCAAACUUCGGUGAUCGUUAUCAUUAGCCUUGAGUUUUGUCAUGACAUUUUGAGUCCAUCCCCUCCUUUGAUAGCCAAGAACAUCCUGCAUGUGACAGAACAAGAGACAACGUCCUCUAGAGCAGUGGUUCUCAUAAAUAAUAAUAAUAAUAAUUCUCAAGCUGUGAGUCCCCAGAUGUUUUGGCCUUACAACGUCCUCUAGAGCAGUGGUUCUCAUAAAUAAUAAUAAUAAUAAUUCUCAAGCUGUGAGUCCCCAGAUGUUUUGGCCUUAACAACGUCCUCUAGAGCAGUGGUUCUCAUAAAUAAUAAUAAUAAUUCUCAAGCUGUGAGUCCCCAGAUGUUUUGGCCUUACAACGUCCUCUAGAGCAGUGGUUCUCA